CGCCUGAGCGCGGAGCCCCGCGCGCAGCCCGCGGCCGAGGCGCCCGAGCGGUUCCGCCUCGUCUACCGCUUCCCGGGCAUCCGCUACUGCCGGGCGCUGUCGAGGCUGAAGCUGCUGCAGACGGCCCUGACGGCGGCCGCCCUGCCGCCCGUCUGCUACCUGCACGCGACCGGGCAGGUGUCGGCGGCCGCGCUGCUCUACGCGGGCGGCGUCGCGGCCCUCGCGGGCGCCAUGCUCUACGGCAUGAGCUACUACUUCCGACGCAUCAUCGGCUUCAUCUACCUCAGCGAGAGCGGCCGCAGCGUCAAGGUGGCCCACCUGACCUUCUGGGGACAGCGGCGGGACGUCGUGUUCCCGCUGCAGAGCGUCAUGACGCUGGACGAGGUCGGGGACAGCAGGCGGGAGCCGCUGCUCCAGUUCAGGCGCUACGACAGCGCGGACGUGCUGUAUUUCACCCUCAAGUACGGGCAGAUUGUGGACAGAGAGCGGUUUGCUCGGAUAUUUGGAGAACUGGAGUGAUGUAGCAGCUAAUUCCAAGCGGUUGCGGCUUUUGUACGGUGCUUAUUUUCCCAAGAAGUUUAAUGGCUGUGUGGAGCUGGCGCAAUUCCUCGGUUCUCCCAUGCCAAGUCUURUGGUAAGUGAAAGUAGAAGUGAUAAAAAAUGAGUUAAGGGUGCGGAUGAGCUAAGGUGCAGGCAGGAUCCCCUGCCUGGAUACAGCAAGUGCAGAUGUAUAACGCUGUGGCAGUUUUUCUAGCAGAUAAAACCAGCACCAGAGAGACCGUUUUGAGCAGCCUCUCGUGAGUGCUCGUGCUGGCAGGAGGAUCGACCCUGCACCGCGGGGGCGCACGCUGCAGCGUAGGCUGGGGCAGAGGCUGGGGCAGCGUUUCGGGAGCUUCUCACAGAAACUGGUUUCCUGCUCACCUGGGAGAGAAAAAAAUACACAGACAGGGUCUGGUUCCUUCCCCGUGCGCUUUGUAACCCAAUCGUCAUCUUCUGCAGCCUGGCAGGUAAAUGCUCCUUAUUGCACAUGCUCAGGUUGUGCUGCKUUUAGCUGCUGUGUACAGGGAACUAAGUAAGCUAAGUACAAGUUUCCAGCCUGCACUGCUCCUCCAGCCCUCCCUUCAUUUCAAGUAAUUACAAAUAAACGUAAUCUGCGGAAACAAGGAUAUUUGGCAUGUUCUUUUUCCCUGUUUCUGCCCCAGGUCCACUGGAACCUCUGUCUCUUGGUGGGGUGGAGCAGUAGAUGGUGGAUGAGUAAAACUGCCAUGAAAAUGUGCGACUGUGAUUUCAUAUUUAUGAGUGCUGAACUUUUCAUAAUGACAUCCAAGUUAUUUUACAUUUUGAGUGAUAUUGCUGUGCUGCUCUAUCAAGAGAAAAAAAAGAAACUCUUGUCUUGGCCACGAGACCAGCAAGAUGCCAGCUGACCA